UCUAUCUGAACGGAAUAUCUCAGAUAUCAUGAUGAUGAUUUCAGUAUUUAUGCAGUUAUUAUGCAAAAUCACCAACGGUAAUUAUGCACAAUUCCUAAAAUGUUGCGUUAUUAUGCAUUCUAACAGUUUUCGGAUAGUAGAGGUAAAAUAUUCACUGGAAAGGCAGUGACCCACUUCGUACUCUUACCAUUCGAAAAUUGUUAUCAUCUUCGGUAAUCGAGUUUAAAACCUUUGGACGGAUUAUCCGGGCCGGGUAACAAGUGGAUCAACAAAUGCCGCCCCCAUCACCACCGGUGCGCGUCUCCCGCCGCCGCCGCCGCCCGGAGGUGGGGACAGGCUCGUUGAAAAUCACUGCCGUUCUAGUCUUUGUCAGUGUUCGCUCAACGCACCCCGUUUUAUACCGGCGGCGCGCUCAUGGCGGUCGACGACCCAAGGACGAAGCGAGACGACGAGGAUAGGCUCGCGAGGGGGAGGGAGGUGGUCCACCUCCCGGUGAUCACGGUCGAUCAGCUGUCGAGUCAUAGGAAGAAGAAGUCAGAUGGCGCCGCCGCUUUGGACAAUCUGCGCGUGUUGAGCGGCUCGUUCCGCCACCUCAAAUCGGAAUAUACGAGGAGGUUCAAGAGGCUCGAGCUGCCGGAGGUCGGCCAAAGGUCACGAGGACCGGAACUCGACGAUCCGUCGAAAGAAACGGUCGAAAGGUCAGCCCCGUCCGAUUCGCCACAAAUUAUUCAGUCGGACGUGCCGCCAAAUGUCACGUCGGCCAUCAGAUUGUACCGGCCCAAACUAUCGCGGAGGAGCACCAACUUGAAAUUAACCGGCGAACGCUACUUCCUCACCAGCUACGCGGAAGACUUCAUCAGGUACCUGAUCAAAGAACGAGCCGAGCUCCAGAGGAGAGCCACGACGUUGAAGCUUUUUGGAGACAUGGAACACGGGACUGAGUCCAGGAGGAACUUCGUCCCUUACACCAACGUCUACCGACCUCCCUUGUGUAAAAAAGUCACCAAUUUGCACUUGUCAGGUUCUCUGCUCCUCGACACUGAAAACCGAGACCAAUUCCUGCCAUUCAAAAUAGAAAGGCGUGGUGCCCUGACAAAGACGCCCACCAAUCUUCGCAUGGAAGGCACCAUAUUCUUAGAGCCAGAGUACAAGAGCGCGUUCAUAGAGUACAAAAACUACGAGAAAUCCAGGCCGGCGGCCCCGACGGACCAUCUCAAGAGCCCGGCAGACUUGAGCCCGGAGGAACGGGACGUCACCGGGACGAAACUGCAUCCAGUCAUCCCGUUUUUGAGAUCUGCAUCGCCCAGACUACAGGAGAGCCGAACACCAAGCAGACCUUCCUCCAGGUGUAGGCGAAACUCGACGGAAGCAGAGCCACGUGUCGCGAGCGUACCGCGAUCACCGAUGAGGCCCAAACCGCGACCAAAUGAAACCCCAACGAUUAAAAUAAACGACGAGGAAGCUAGGGUAGUAAGAAGGAACCAACGCAUCAAGUACACGAAGAAAUUGGAACCCAACAUGGCGCACGGGCUGCCGCCUCCGCCCCUAUGUCGUCCGCAGGAAUUGAAGUUGCCCGCUGUCAAGUGGAAGUCAUCUCCGAAGGUUGAGAUUGCGGCUCCCGAUCCGGAGAGGUUCGAGGGUCGGUUCGAAUGUCAGCCGGAAUACAGGAGGGCCUACAUCAAUUACCUGACGAGGGAAAGGCUGGAGAACAAAACGCCGCUCUUCCAACGGGACCCAUUGCAAGUUAGUGACGAUACAUCUGAUUUAUCUGAACCUAGCGCGUCGCGCGGCAGUAGCGACCCCGAAGCAGCGGCCAGAAUCCAGAGGAAUAUCGAGAGAAUGGAGUUGCUAGCUUUCGGCGCCAGAUGUCGGCUCGGUUCCGGGUCUUCCACAGGUUCCGGGAACCUAGGGCGGAGGUGCGGGUCGUCGUACGUGCGUCGGACGGCCGUAGAUGCCAAAGUGCCCGCUUUCGUUGUAGUAGAUGAGAUGUUUUAGACGAUUAGAGCGGGUUGCGAGAAUAGAUUGCACCAGCUAUCCGUGUUUUUAGGCAAAAUUGUCGACUGUUCUGAACGAUCCGUGACGUUACUAAUUAAUCGAAUUAGUUUUAAAAAAAUGACAUCGACAAUUGCUUGACAAUUGCCUAUAAUUACAGUGAAGUACAUUACGAACAAAAGUCCAGCUCACGUAUAAAAUUGGAUCAAGAUACCACUUUACAUUGUAUCACGUACACACAACAGUAUUUUCAAUUGGUUUAAUAAUAAAAAGCUCUGGACU